GUCGCGAGUGCGUGUGCGAGUUCCAAUUCUUCUCUUCGAUCGGAAGUAUCGUCACGAACGGCGACACAGAAGGCCGUCAAUCCGCGUUUUUAAUGAACAAUAUCGGUGUUUUCGCUAUCAAAAUUCCGAAAUAACUCAAUUUGUUCACCGUAAAAACAAAGAAGAGAGUAACGAUUUGAGAAAAACUGUCACGAGAAGUCGAGAGAGGUUUGUGAAGGAUGUUGAGUGAGCCAGUGAUCGUCGAUCGUAUAUUCUAACUGAUCCAAACACGUUUUUUGGCUUCGUGUCUUACCAGAACACACUAAAUACCGCCUGCUCGAGGGCUGUGGCCAUACACACUGUCUAAAAUACCUACUGCUUUUGUCCGGUUCGUGGCGACCUCGAGGGACGCCCUCGUGUCACGAUCGAGAAAAGAGAGAGAGAGAGAGAGAGAAAAAGGCGCAUCAGGAUGGAACGAAUGGCACGUCGCUCGCACUGCCAUCGGAAGGGAGGCUAAUACACGUCACGUAACGCGUUUCUAAGGUAUCGGGAGACGUUUCGGUAGCCUGGACGUGGGUAAUUUUCACGAGAAAUGGAACACUUGGAUGAGAAUCAGGCAUCUGGACCUUCGAACGCGAGGACAAGCGGAACCGCGGACGACGAAGAUGGCUUCGAUCUCGACGAUCUUUUGCCGAUUGUUGGCGAAUUCGGUCGUUACCAGAAGCACCUUCUAUGGCUGGUGUGCCUUCCAGCCUGUCUUCCUUGCGGCUUUUGCGCGUUUAAUCAGCUCUUCAUGGCGGAUACGCCACCCCAUUGGUGCAAAGUGCCAGGAUUGGAGAAUUUGGAUGUUUCUCGUAGGAGGAGACUCGCUAUUCCGCCUAGUCAGGACGGCAAUGAAACGUACAGUCAAUGCACACGAUACGAUAUCGAUUGGACGGCGGAAAACAUUUCUGUCGUCACGACAGCCUCGUACAUCCCGAACGCAUCCUGGCCCGUUGUACCGUGCGAUCAUGGUUGGGAGUACGAGACCUCGAAAGUGACAUCUUCCAUCGUAAUCGACUUCAAUCUGGUGUGCGACCAUGCGAUUUAUCCAACGAUCGGUUUGGUCGCCUUGAACACAGGUGGACCAAUAGGAGUGUACCUGUUUGGCACUCUGAACGACAGAAUUGGUAGGAGAUUGUCAUUCUUCACCUGUCUGGCGACACUGAUCACCGGUGGAUUUUUGACGUCGAUAGCGAACAGCUUUUGGACAUGGGCUGCGACCAGGAUGGUCGUUGGUUUGACAAUUCCAGCGAUCUAUCAGAUCCCCUUUAUCAUAUCUUUGGAACUGGUCGGACCCAAUUAUCGAUCAUUCGUGACAGUGAUGACGUGCAGUUUUUACACGAUGGGCCUCUGUAUGCUGGCUGUCGUGACCUAUUUGAUAAGAGAUUGGAGAACGCUGGCUGUAACCACGAGUGCACCCUUUCUCAUGUACUUUCUCUACUGGUGGUUUCUACCGGAAUCGCCGAGAUGGUUGUUGGCGAAGGGUCGAUUAGGCGAGGCGAACGAUAUCUUGGAGAGGUUGGCCAAGGUGAACGGGAAGGAAUUGCCGACUUCUUUCACGCAAAAGUUACGGCAACGAAUGAUGAUGUCACGGACGAAGAGCGAAGAGGAGCGAUUACGCAGUGGACCCGGUGUUCUGUCGCUCUUUAAAACGCCGAACAUGCGUCUGAAGACUUGCCUGAUCACUCUGAAUUGGUUCGCCAAUAAUAUGGUGUACGUAGGUCUGUCGUACUACGGGCCAGCGUUGGGCAACGAGGAACAUUUGAGCUUCUUCUUCUCGUCUUUGGCGGAGAUUCCAAGUUACAUGGCCUGUUGGGUAGUGAUGGAUCGAUGGGGUCGCCGCUGGCCUCUUUGCUUAUCAAUGGUGCUGGCUGGCGUCUUUUGCAUCGCCACAGUUCUCUUAUCAGCUGAUGCAGUAGUGACCACGCUGAUUCUAUUCCUCUUAUCGAAAUCCGCGAUAUCGGCCUCCUUUCUAAUUAUAUAUCCGUUUGCCGGUGAACUUUACCCCACGCAACUGCGCGGCGUAGCGAUCGGUUUCUCUGCUUACAUCAGUGGUCUCGGGCUUAUCAUUAUUCCUUUUGUUACUUAUCUAGGCAAGGAGAACUUGGUACUGCCGUUGGUGAUACUCGGUGUCGUCUCUGUGAUCGGUGGACUGUCUGGCCUGCGUUUGCCCGAGACGCUGCAUCAUCGAUUGCCCCAGACUGUAGAGGAGGGAGAGCUGUUCGGGAAGGAUUGGACAUGUGCCGAUUGCUUUCGUUGCAUUCCGAUCAAACCUUCGUCAGCUGCAGCAUCUUACGAAGAUCUGUCAGCCAGAGAGACGGUGGAGAUGCACGAGGUGCCUGAAGCACCCAUACCCCAAAGACUACUAGAGGAGCAGCAGAGACCAAGCAACGCAAGUGUGCGUCGCUUGGUUCGCCAGUCUAGCGUGAUGGACACGCAGCGGGACUCGGACGGAUCCAUUAAGAUGACCUACUGGUUUUAG